AUGGAGAAGAAAGGUGUAAUUUUGAUGCAAAGGUACGAGAUGGGGAGAAUGCUUGGGCAAGGGACUUUUGCCAAGGUUUACCAUGCUCGGAACCUCAAGUCCGGUCAGAGUGUUGCCAUAAAGAUGAUUGACAAAGAGAAGGUGUUGAAGGUGGGGUUGAUAGAUCAAAUCAAGAGGGAGAUCUCGGUGAUGCGCCUUGUUCGACACCCUAAUGUUGUUCAACUCUAUGAGGUCAUGGCGAGCAAGACCAAGAUUUAUUUUGUCAUGGAGUAUGUCAAAGGUGGAGAGCUGUUCAACAAGGUGGCGAAAGGCAAACUCAAGGAAGACGCGGCUCGCAAGUAUUUCCAGCAAUUGAUUGGAGCUGUUGACUUCUGCCAUAGCCGAGGAGUCUACCACCGCGACCUCAAGCCGGAGAAUCUCCUCCUUGACGAGAAUGGAGACCUUAAAGUAACCGAUUUUGGCUUGAGUGCGCUGUGGGACUCAAGGAGGCAUGAUGGCCUCCUCCACACUACUUGUGGAACUCCAGCUUAUGUGGCUCCGGAGGUCAUCAACAAGAAGGGCUAUGAUGGAGCCAAGGCAGACAUGUGGUCAUGUGGCGUCAUUCUCUUCGUUCUCAUGGCUGGUUUUCUCCCUUUCCAUGACCCUAAUCUCAUGGAAAUGUACAGGAAGAUCAGCAGAGGUGAAUUCAAGUGCCCACAAUGGUUCCCACUGGAGGUCCGGAAGCUUCUUUCUAAAAUUCUCGACCCCAGCCCCAGCACUAGAAUAACUGUGGCCAAGCUCAUGGACAACCCUUGGUUCAAGAAGGGAUUCAAACCGAUUGUAGCCCCACAACCCAAUCGAAAUGAUUCGAUGAGCGAUGUCCGUGCUGUAUUUGCCACACAUCCAGAAGGAACUUCUGAGGAGGAAGCCGAGGAAACAACAAGCAGCAUGAAGCCAACUUGUUUGAAUGCCUUCGAUAUCAUCUCUCUCUCACCCGGGUUUGAUCUGUCAGGUCUGUUUGAGAAAGAUACCAAUCAUAGGCCAGACGCUCGGUUCACCACCAAACAGCCUGCAUCAACCAUUGUAUCCAAACUGGAAGAAAUAGCAGAAAUGGAGAGAUUUAAGGUUAAGAAAAAGGAUGGGACGGUGAAGUUGCAAGGCAGCAAGGAAGGGAGAAAGGGUCAGCUUGCUAUAGAUGCUGAAAUUUUCGAGGUCACGCCUUCACUUUUCGUGGUGGAGGUGAAGAAAACGGCAGGUGACACCUUGGAGUAUAAGAAGUUCUGUAACCAAGAUUUGAAGCCUUCACUCAAGGAUAUCGUAUGGACUUGGCAAGGAAGUGAGCAGCAGCAGGAGCAACAGCCACAACCACAAUAG